AUGACGCCCUUGUCGACAUCCCUCGUCAUCGUGGGGGUCCUAGUGCACGGAGUCGUCGGCUCGCUCAGGUACGAGCCUGAUGGUCGCGUCAACUAUCUAUUUUCAACCGGAGCGCCCGAUAGCAGAUGCAAGGACGGGCAAUACUUCAGCACCUCAAGUAAGCCGGAAGCAAAAAGUCACCGAUGAGAUCAUUAUUUUUCAGUCUCGUAUGCUGAUGACAAUGCUUACCGCUUGAAUCAGGUAAUAGGUGCCUCGAGUGCAGCGGCAAGUUUCGGAAUAGCCUGAGGUGCACCGAAGACGAGGCCCUCUCAUGGUGCGUACAACAUGUCCGCAAUGAAUGCAUUCUACCGGUACUGCCACGUGAAUUGAUGUAAGAACGCUCUCCGCAGUGACUACGGCUACCUCGACAACGGCAAUUGCGUGCGAAGGACGGUAUGCCUGGGCGCCUAUUACGUUUCCCCGCGAGAUGGUACGUGACCAACGCGGAGUCCGAAGCGAAGCUAACCUUGCAACGAUCCCACCGCCCCUAACCCAAGUUGAUCAUCUUCACUUCCUCCACCUCGUUCCUCGAUAUGUAAUCUUUCCUCGCGCUGUUACAGGUGCUUCCUGUGUACCGUGUCCGGAUCGGAAUGCGGCGUCGUGCGACGCGUUUGGGACCUCGAUCACGUGCAGCUACGGCGCGGAGACCGCCGGGGUCUGUCGCGCCGUGCCGUGUCCAUCCGGCAAAAUCGUCGCGCAGAACGGUGAAAUUAGAGAGGACUCGGUGUGGCUGCCUUCCCGCAAGUCAGCUUGCUGAUUUGGUGUGCUGCUUUUUCUGGCGGUGUCUGCGGUCAGGACGAGCAUGCUUUCGAAGACUGGAAAGCGAGGAUGGGCCGGCGAGUCAACGAGUGUUGUUCAACUGCCGCAAGGGAAUGCGAAUGCUCGACGGAACGUGCGUCAAUUGCCCAACAUCGUCGGAUGGUCAGUUCACUUCAUUGUCACACCUCUUCCGAAGAAAGACGUCAUGACGAUCGUGCUGAUCCGAGCGACGCUCUUUUACUCAUUACCUGAACUUGCACAGGAACUGCAUGCUGCACGGAUCCGUUCGCUACUUCGUGUAGCGAGGUAGACACAUCAUUGACGUGUCGAAAGGGAUAUGGUCUCCCUGCCGAAAGCUCUCGAACGUGUUUGCAGCAAUACACGCUCUCGAGAUUUGGGUCCGAAGGGCGACGGUUUCGACCCCUAAUUGGCCACGGAAAACUCGGCUUGGGCCAAAGCUUCGAGACCGCCUACGUGAUCCCCUCGACCACCUAUACCAAGUGCAUCGCCUUCUCGAGAAUAGCAUCGGAGAGAAUAGCGUAUUAUUCGACGGCCACCAAGUCAUGCGUACUCCAACGAAUCUCUACGUUCGAUCCCACCACCUUGACGCAUGCGCCGAGUGGCUUUUCGCUGAGCGUGCUCGGAGGAUGCCAGGACGCGAGCAAACGGUCACCAGGUAAAGAGGCGCUUCGCCUCGGUGCUCGGUGCAUAGAGCAAAUCUUCUACAUCGGGCAAAACGGUCAGAGAGGCAAGCCAUCGGGGUACUAA